AAAAGUUUUUGGUGAAAAUGAAAGCAACAAUCAACAACAAACUGCCAUCUUGGUUUUAUCUCAAACUGCCUCAUGAUGAUAUAACCCUGGAGGUUUGAUGUGCCAUCAUACCACAACAGAUUGAUUUAUAAAAUAGACCUUUUUCACAGCAGGCAUUUUGGCAUUAAAUUGUAGGGUAAACACCAGGGGACACUAACUAAGGCUCUGUUCCAUUUAGUGUAGCAGAACCUUUCAUAUAGCACUCUGACCUGAAUGGAACCUUUUAUUAGUAUCAUUGGGGACGCCUGUGUUUACCCUAUUUUCUGUCAAAAUGUCUGCUGUGAAAAAGGUCUAUUAUAUAGCAAAGGAAACUGUUUUGAUCCCUCCCCAACAAUUGAUUAAAUUGCAAUUUCAUCUUCACUUUUUAUUGUAUUUAAUUAAAACACAUGAGGUUAAAAGAGACGUUCCUGCUCUGGAGGAAACCUGGUGUGAUGAGAAUAUGACUGAUAAUGAGAAGUAGAUUAGUCUGCACUGAGAUGUAGAGCUUUACUUUUAUUUAAUUAUUAAAGAUAAAGUACAACUUUAAUCAAAUAACAACAUUGGUUCCAGUUAAUGUGCCAUAUACAAUACAAGGCUGUCAGCAUGUACAUUAAAAUGCAACUGAAUGUGUAUAAAAAGUGAAUUAAGCUCAAACUUUGGAGAGAUUUUGUGAAUAAUGUUCAUUUUCUUUGACAGUGGUUUUCAAACUGGGGUGCGGGGACCAACAGGGGUCCUUGAGUGGGUUGUAGGUGGCCCCCAGCAAAAGGAGGAACAUUUGAACUUUGUGUCCAAUUUUUUGGGACAUUGGAGCAACUUUAUUGAUUGUUAUUAAUAGUGAUAGUGAGGUUACAGCUAGAGUACAGAGGUGUGUGUUAGCUCUGGCCACCUCCAUUAUAUUAGGUAUAAAGACAGUGAUGUAAUAUCACAGGUGUGCGGCUGCCCGCGGGGUCUGCUGGUCUCACCUGUUGGAUUAAACGAACUGGUUUCAGGCUCGAGGAACGGAAAUGGGCAGUACCUUUUGGGGAGGGAGGGGGUCUGAUCUGCGCGUGCAGCACCGACUGUCGGUCCUGCAUUCACGCGCGCCGCUGUGCCCCCUUGGAGUAGCUCGAGACCAACAACAUGAGCAGCUCGGUGACAUCCGAAGAAGUGACGCUGAAGCCGUGACGUGACCAUUGUUGUUUAGACCUCUUCUCAUCAUCAACAACAACAACAACAACAACGACAACAACAGCCUGGCUGUGCCCGCUGCGCGCGCACUGCGGCGCUUUGAAACCUCGGAACAACAGGGAGCUCGGGGCGCGCGGCCGCUCCUCCUCUGGCCCGCCGUGGCAGGAAUGAUGCUCGCGCUCACCUUCACCUGCCGCGCGCUGCUCGUCUUCCUGCUCUCGGAGUCGGUUCAGACCGACAGAACAGCGCCUUUCCUGAUCUCAGAGAACAUGUGGCCUCGCGGUUGUGUCCUGGACUGUCAGAUGGGGCGCAACAGAGCCAUGUGUGGUAGCAACGGCAGGCUGUAUAAAUCGCUGUGUGCCUUCCAGAGGGCACAGUGCAUCAACACACAGCUCCGCCUCGUCCCGCGAGCACACUGCUCAGAUCCUAGUCAGUCCAAAUGCCAGCUGGCCCGGACUCAGGCCCUGGAGCCCAGUGCUCACAACAGUGGCGGCCAUGUUAGCCCAGCUGCUGCUGUCUUUGUGCCAGAGUGCCACCCGGACGGUCACUUCCUGCCAGUGCAGUGCCACAGCCAGACCGGAUACUGCUGGUGCUCCACGCCCGACGGCAAACCUGUCAGUGGCACCUCAGUCCUUCAUCUGACCCCCAACUGCACUGAUCACAUGACCAAGUUGGCUCAGAUUACGGAUGCAGAUUCAGCUCCAAUCCAAGAUGGAGUUGGUGAACCGGAGCCUACACUGAACCCCAGAAAACCUGCAGAGCUGACAGCUCCUCCGUUAUGGGUGACCAUCCUUUUGAACUCUGACCCCAAAGGAAACCGCUCAGUCAGACGACCCUCCGACAGUCCUCAGACUUGUGAGCGGGAGCGAGCGUCGAUGCUCUCUCACAUGCGUUCACCCUGGCAGGAAGAGCGUUUCAUCCCAGAAUGCACUGCAGACGGCCGCUACAACCCCGUGCAGUGUCACACUGCUACAGGUUACUGUUGGUGUGUCAGGGUGGACAGCGGCAGGCCGCUACCAGGCACCUCUGCAAGGAAUCACAUCCCAGACUGCACUGGGGCAGAGGAGGUGCCAACCGACAGGAGGUACAGGGACAAACCUCUGCCAGGGUGUCCUGGAACUCUUAAGAAGCAGUUUCUACAGAGUCUGGUUAGAGCUUUGCAGCUGGAAGCACUGCAUGCUGGAAGUCUGAGUCCCCACCAGCCCUCAAACACACCUCCUUCCAGCGCUCCUUCUCCAUCUUUCAUCACUCCAACCUCUGCCACUCCUUCCUCCUCGACCCUGGACGUUGCUUCUCCUGCCCCUCCGGAGGCCGUGGAAUCCUCCAGGCCAGCGGCGGUGCUGCGGUGGCAUUUCGGGCACCUGGACAUGGACUCCAGCGGGGUGCUAAGCGAACGCGAGGCUCGACCCCUUCGUCAGUUCCUGCGACGGAGGCUGAAGCCGCGACGCUGCGCCAAGAAGUUCGCUCAGUACUGUGACAGGGACGGAGACCGAGGCCUGACGCUGGAGGAGCUCAGGGUCUGCCUGGGCCUCUGAGGGAGCAACGAGACAAAUGACCCGAAUCCAAAGGCCAACUGGUUCCCUCCCGUCACCUUUCAAGGUUCUAUUUAUUCAUCCAUAAAAUCGUGGCUGUGUCAUUGCUCACAAUUUCAUCCUAUGCUGAUUAAGAGACAAAACAUAAAUACCGCCUCUAGUCCUCACUGUCAUUAAAGCUAUUUAUCCUUUUCUUAUCUAUUCCCCUGCCAGUCCCAGUAGUUCCACACACACACACACACACACACACACAUACACACAUACAUUUUUUAAUUAACAUGGAAAGAUUUAAGCUUCCUCUAUUAUUAUUAUUAUUUUAAAUGAUAUUUUUAUUGGGAUUUCCCAUAAUACAGUGCAGAAAACAGAAAACGGGGCCUGAUAAUAAUUAGUGUCACUGCUGCAUCAUGAGAGAGGCAGACGGCACACAGUAGAUUGUGUUGCUGGUCAGGUGUAGCGUCAUAUUGAGCGAGAUGAUCCAGAAAUGGCUGCAAUAUAUCAGAAACUGUAUGAAGACUGUCCAUCACGCCAUAUCGAUUCCUCUGGCAUUAUUAAUGUUGUAAUAAACGGGAGUAUUUUUUCUACAUGUUCUACAGAUCACAUGCUCAGUCAUCGCUUUUGUCUUACUAACACUGAUGAUGCAUCCUUUUUCACUGACUCGACAUUCCACUCACCUCCCUCCUCUCCAUGAUUUACAGGGCUGUCUCUGAAUCCUUUCCUCAUUCCCUUUCCUUCCUUUGUGUUUACCCUCUUCUCCUAACAUCCUCUACAUCCUUGCAUCUUUUUGCUUAAUCCCUUUCACCUUCUGUGAACUCUUCUCUCCUUGGUCCUUCCUUUCCUUUGAGUCCUCCCUCCUUCUCUAGUUUGCUUGAAUCAUCAGGUCCUUCCUUUGUUUCAUCCCUCCUUCACUUCUCCUGUCCUCAAAGGUCCAGUGUGUAGGAUUUAGAACCGCAAAUGCCCCUAUCUAGAGGCAGUGUAUGGCUUGUCCCUUCUGGGCUACUGUAGAAACAUGCAGGUUCUAAAUAACGGACUCCGUGGAAGGUGACCUGUGGCAUCUCUAGAUGUAAACCGCUCAUUCUAAGGUAACAAAAACACAAUAAUUUACUUUAUUCAGGUGAUUACACACUAAUGAAAACACACCUAUGAAUAUUAUAUUCACACUGGACCUUAAAUCUCUUUUCUCUGAGUCCUGAUGACUUUCCCUUUCCAAACAUCCUUACUUUCUUCCUUCUUCACUCCUUUUCUUUGUCUUUCUCUCCAUCCCCCUAUUUCUCUCUCUGCUUUCUGUAUGUUUUGCUUCUCCAUAUUUUAUAAACAUGUUGCCAAUAUAUUGAUGUAACAUAUUUUGAUACACAUUUUGCUUGAUCAUUUUUCAUGCAGUAUAUUUUAGACGAUAUAUUGGUCUGCAGCACUUUCUAAGGCAAUAAAUUGUUUGCUAAUUGAUGCCAUGACUGAUAAACAUCGCCUGAGUUAUUUUCAGUUUUUCAAGUGAUUCUCUUUUGUUUGCAAAUGUGAUUUCAAUAAAAGGGUGUUGUCA